GGAAAAAUACAAUCCAGUGAUUUUGUUGAUGAUCAGUAGUGAGUUUGUAACAUAAACAGUUGACACGGCAGGCAACUGCACAAUACAAAUAACAAACGUUACUUAUUUUGUAAUAUUAAAAAUAUUAUUGAUUUCAUUCAUAUUGAUUCUCUCGAGAAGCUUAAUGGACAUGACAUUGUUGCAAAUGCAGUAAAUAAACCAUGCCAAAGAAUGUGAAACUUCUUCAGAAAAGGCUGAAUGAGGUGUUGAGUGACACUGUUGACAACUGCCCUAAUGUCAAUGAACUCACAGACUACACUACUACAAACCAUUUACAUUUUGAUAAUCCUAAAGAAAGUGGUAAAGAUCACAAACAAAAUAAAUUUGAGUUACAUGAGGAUAAAGAAAAAAAGACACAUAGGAGAGCGCUCAGUAAUACUAAAACUAGAACAAGAAGAAAUCAGGUUUCUUCACCCCUAAAUCUAGAUAAAGGUUCCAGCCCACUUCUAAAGCUGAGUCAAGAACCUGUUUUUUAUCAGUCUCAAGAAGACCCAUCUUGUUUUGUAAGAUGGGAUUUUGGUUCACCUGAAACUGUUAAACAAGUCAAAAAAUGGCGUGGCCAGUACAACGCUGAUGGUGUUAAAAAAACAGUUUCUUAUUUCAAUGAUGCUCACAUCAAACCCCAGAAAACUUCUUCAAGUCCAACCGGUUUUAUUCUUCACCCACAAGAUUUAAUUGCCCUAGCUAAUAAAAGUAAAUUACAAAAGGCAAAAGAUAGAGUGCUUAAAAGAAAACAACACAAUGUUCAAGAGAUGGUUGUGAGCUUUCUUCAGGAUUUGACUAAAGUACAACAAACAGGUGAUGAAUAUACAUGUGCAAGUUCAUCUACUGUUGAUGACUUGACUACUAAUGACAGUGAUCACCAGACUCAAAUCACAGCAGCUGACUUAAAGCCAGUUGAUGAGGAGAACUGUUGGUCUGAUGAUGAUCUGUUUCAGGAUAAUUCUCUCCUAAUUGAGGCUACACAAAAUGCUGAAAAAUGUCUAAACAAAGCUAAUGAAUAUGCUUUUGAAAACAAGAAAAACAAUAACAAAAGUAUUUCUGAGGUAAAAAUAAAUAUUCUGAGGGAUAGAAGUGACCUUGGAAGUUCAGAUGUGUCUCCUAAGGUAACCAGUCCAUCUUACAUUCCCUCAUCUUGCUCCUCAACACUUGCAUCUACUUCUAUUAGAAAGCCAACUGUGAUGACAAAAUUGAACCCAGUGUCUGUGACAAAGCAGUCAAACUUGGCUAGCAAGGGCCAAGCAACAAUGACUUAUAGUAAAGCAAACAUAAAAAAUGUGUUGAACUGCAGCAAUAUUAAUCCUACACCUAGCAAUAAUCCAUGCAAAGCAACUUUGUCCAAAGCCAGUACAGAAUACAGUGCUAAAUGUGCUGCAAGUGUCAAUCAGUAUGUCAUCCAGAACAGUCAGUCCUCUCGUAUAGACAAUCCUCCCCCAGGUUCAAGAAUCAAAUCUCAAUUCAGAAAGUUCAGCAGUUUUCAGAGAGAUUAUGUGUCACCCACACAGAAGAACACAGACCUGGCUGUGAAACCAGGACUGAACACAUCGCUUAGAAAGGCCAGCAGCUUUGACUUGUCUUAUUCCAAAUCUUCACAGACAUCUGUUUCAUCUCAAACAUCUCACUCUUUUAAAAAAGUGAACUCAUCAAGUACUCCUUUAUCAACUGACCAGAUAAAACCCACAUCAAUUAAUGCCGAUUCCCUAGCAUUCUCUGGUGGAUUUAAGACAACCUCUUCUAAUACUGCUGUCACUACUUUAAAUAAACAGACUGGUCACCUUUCACUAUAUAAAGAUAAACUGUGUCAAGCUAAACAGAAACAUUCUUCAAACCAUGUUUCUGAUGAUGGCUUUGACAUAAGUCUUCCAGAGGAUGUACUUCAACAGUUGUUGGAACCUGAUGAGAUAUUAGACAGUCAGAUUAUUCCAUCUACUGGGACAAAUUCCCUUUCAAAGAACUCAUAUAAUGUAAAAACUGUAACUUGUGUAAUGAAUAAGAAGACAACAGUGCCCUACGUAAAGGAAGCUUGUGAAAAGAAUGCUGUAGAUAUCAAAAUGCUGAAGCCACCAUGUAUAGAAAGUUUGUCAGAAACUCUUUUGUCACCAGUAAAAAAUGUUCACCUAAACAAAGCCAGGACAUCACCAAUUCAAACAUUUUUCAAGAAGACUUUUUCCACCAAAACCUCCACACUGUCUCUAAAAUCAGAAAACUCCAUGGCAAUGGUUAGCAGCAGUACACCUGUGAAAAUAAAAAACUCUUUGGCCACAAACCAUCAAGGACAGGAAGGAGCAUCAGAUUCUUUUAUGGAAAAUGCAUUUGAUGACAGUUUUAUGGAUGAAGCUUUGUAUGAGUCACAGAUUCUACCCAUGUUGAUACAUGCUGAAUCUGAAACAUUGAAAGAUACUCAGAUGGAAGAUGAUAAAGUAACUUCAUGCCCAUCUAGCCCAAUCAAGUGUUCACCUGAGGAGAUUGAGCGUAAAAGACAGGCAGCUAUACAGAAGAGAAGCAAGCACUCAUAAUUUAAUUCUCCCAGUUUGGUUUCUGUGAUAGAUCAUUAUGUAAGCAAUAAAAAUUGUACACACGGUUGUUUAAACUUUAAAAAAUAAACACUAUCAUAAUUAACAGUUUAUUUCAACAAAAAAUGUACACAUAUACAAAGUGAAAUAUCAAGUAUAACUGCUUGUGCACACCAGUGCAUUGUUUUUUAUAAAAACAUUUAGAUCACACCAAUGCUGACACUGUUAAAAGGUACUUCUUGCACACAAAUGUCUACUACUAAGCAUUGACAUAAAAAUCUCAUGGCAAUAGUAAAAACCUAUUGUGUAAAUAUGUUUUAUAACAAUCAGAUGUUAGGUGUACGUACAUUUGUACACCAGUAAGGAUGACUGUUUUUAAUGGCUAAGCAAGCUUUAUACUUUGUGAUUUUGUUUUUAAAAAGUCAGCUAAAGAGCUUAAAUUUCAAUUUUUUGUUUCAUAAUUGUUGUAAUCAAUUUUAAGUUAUGUUGUUGUCAUAUUCUGCCAUUCAGUAUUUGUUUUUUUUAUUAAGAAAAAAAUAAUGUAUGAGCUAAAAUGUGUUUGUUUUCACAUUUAGCUACUUGAAAAAUUAGAUAUCGAUUAUAAUUUAUAAAUAUUGUCCUAUUUAUUGGCUUAGGACGGGCAAUGUCCUUAACCUGUCUAGAUACUAGAGCGAUGUUUUGCAAGAUUUCAUGACAAAACACCUGUUUACAUUUGCUAUAAAUCCUUUAAUACUGUACCAACAAAGCACAUUGAAACUUCAUUAAUGAAAUUAAAAUGCUAAAAAUUAGUUUUUAUCUUGUCUGUAACAGUUUGGGUAAUAUUUCUGAGAUUAUGUGAUGCACUAUAAUAGAAACUUGAAUUCUUAACCUAUUUACUCCAUUUAUACAAUUUAAUUUUUUUGAGCAUAUUUACUUGUAUAGUCUCUAUGCAUCUUGAUUUAGGGUGAAAAUAUUUUCAAUCUAUAUGCAAAUAAAGCAA